AGGGUAUUGUGCGCAGGUACUCAUCUCAUCCGUGGCAACAAAACGCAGCCGAGAGAAAGCAAUCCAGAAAGAGAAAGCAAAAAGCAGCAGAAAAAUGGCUUCUAACGCAGCUGCACCGUUUUGGAGGUCGGCAGGGAUGACUUACAUAACAUACUCAAACCUAUGCGCCAACCUGGUCAGAAACUGCCUUAAAGAGCCUUACAAGUCCGAAGCUUUGAGCCGUGAGAAGGUCCAUUACACCAUCUCCAAAUGGGCUGAUGGCAAGCCUCAGAAACCGACCAUCCGCUCAGAUUCUCCUGAAGAAUGAGAACAGGGUUGGAUCUCAGGCUUUAUUUCUUCUCUCAACUGAAUUUUGUACUGUGCUGGAAUUUUGUAUGGUGCACGUCUGGUGGAACUUGCAUAAAACAUUGAUAUGCUAAUAAUAUAACCGAUAGACCUUGAUUUAUACUUGGAUGGAAUUGUGA